AUGGACAACAAAUGCUUGGAGGGCAAAGCUCAGAAAUCUGUACCCAGCAGGCCCAUGGUAGCUAGGGUGCAGGGGCAAGACAGGAUCAAGAAGACCAAAGAAAACAACUUCAGCAACAUACAGCAGCUGAAGCCAUCAAGACACAGAGUCAAGACACAAGAGAAGCCCACUAUCCCCAAGACCAAGAAGAAGAGGACUCCACCUGAGCUCAGCAAUGACACCUUCAAAAAGCCUCAAACUCACCUGGGAAAGUACAUGCUGGCAUCCACUCAGGUCCUUCACCCACGAGGGAAGAAGUGUAUUGACAAAACUUGCAUCUCCUCCUCCCGGACUCUGCUAAACUUCAGUGCCAUCAAAGAUGUCUGGAUAUGCAAAGCCACCUCAUCCCUACUGGAUGUGCCAUGUGAUGGCUGA